GAAGAGAGAUCGGAUGUGAGAGAUCGCAGUUGGAGAGGAGGCUUGCUGCUUGAUUGAGAAGUUGAGAUGAAUUAAUCAGUCCCAUUAUUGUACUUAGACGGGAUCUCUUGGAAUCGGGAGAGAAACUUUGACCACUUGAGCUAUUCCUCACUGUCAUAAUUUCUUAAUAUUACCAUAGCAUAAAAGUCCGGAAUCAAGCUAAACUUCAUCUAAUGAGAAAGUUGGAUUACAUAUUUCAACCUUGAUAUUAUAAGUUCAAUCCUCAUUAGGAAUACUUUAAGGGUGAAAAUCCCUUAUCCUCCCUCCUCACUUUUAAAUUAUCUAACCCGUAUACUUCCUCCGUUCUUUUAAUAUCGCAUCAAUUGUCUUUUAGGGAAGUUUCACAAAUAUUGCAUCACUUCCAUUUUAGGACAAAAAAUAUCUAUGUUCACACUGCAAAUACCCAACAUACCCUUACUUUUUUCACACUUACUUUUUAUUUUAUCUUUACAUUAUAUGGACAAUUUUGUAUUUUCACAUUUCUCUCUCUUCUUUUUUCCCACUACCAAAUUUUGCCUCCAAAAUCCCUAUAAUACAAUAAAAAAAAGAAGAGAGGAAGUAUAUUGGAACAAAAAAUCCGUGUUCAUCUCUUUACCUAUAAAAAAGUGUUAAAAAUCCAAAAGUUUUGACAUUCACUAUAAAUUAAACAUAAUAUACGCCAUUCUUCAUCUACAUUCUACACCUGUCAUCUAUGGCACCUUCACAUUCUAACCCCAUUUUACUUUUCAUUUUUAUCAUCCAAUUAUUCCAUUUCAUUUCAACUCACCCGCUUAAUUCUCUUUCCCCUUACGAAAUCAACCAAGUUCGUGCCACAAUUUUGAAAAAUUACCCUCUACACACUCACACCUUAUCCAUUCACUACGUGGGCUUAGAUGAUCCACCCAAGCCCACGACUGAAUCAUGGAUCACAACUACAUCCAAGAGUCCAAACCCAAAUCCAAAUCCAACACGAACCGCUUACAUGGUGGUUCGUAUUAACAAGACCACCCAUGAAAUUACCAUGGACAUAACAAACCCGCUAAAAAGCACUCCCAAAAUUUUAACCGAUGACAUUUACCAUGGUAAUGGAUAUCCAAUUUUGACGGUCCAAGAGCAAGAAGUAGCAAGCAACGUAGCACAAACGUACGCUCCAUUCGUGGCAUCCGUUGCCAAAAGAGGGCUUAACAUACAAGAACUUGUAUGCUUAUGUUUUACUGUAGGGUGGUGCGGAGAAAAAAAGAAACAAGGGAGAAUAGUUAAGAUUAUGUGUUAUAGUAUGAAAGGUACCGUAAAUUUUUACAUGAGACCGAUUGAGGGAUUAUUCGUGAUCGUUGAUUUGGAUGAUAUGAAGGUGAUAGAUUUCAAAGAUAGAGAAAUUGUACCAUUGCCAAAAUCAGAAGGGACUGAUUAUAGGGAUACCAUGCUUCCUAGUUCGUCGUAUGGUCGUAUACCAACAAAAGGUGUGACAAUGAUACAACCACAUGGGCCAAGUUUUGAUAUUGAUGGUCACAUUGUGAGGUGGGCAAAUUGGGAGUUUCACCUAUCCUUUGACGCAAGAGUUGGACUAAUCCUUUCAACAGCAUCAAUAUAUGAUUCUCAGAAGCAAGAGCGCAGGCCUGUACUCUACCGAGGGUUCAUAUCGGAAUUGUUCGUGCCGUACAUGGACGUUACUGAAGAGUGGUACAAUCGAGCGUACUUUGAUGCUGGUGAAUAUGGCAUUGGUAUUUCGGUUGCGCCUCUUCAACCCAAGGUUGAUUGUCCUGAAAAUGCUGCUUUUAUGGAUGGUUACAUGACUAGUCACGAUGGCAAGCCUAUAAAGAUGCCCAACGUAUUUUGCAUAUUCGAGCGUUAUGCUGGGGACAUAAUGUGGCGACACACCGAAUUUAGUGUUCCCGGUCGAAUUAUAACGGAGUCUAGACCAGAGUUGACAUUAGUGGUCAGAAUGGUAACAACAGUUGGAAACUACGACUACAUAGUUGAUUGGGAAUUCUUUCAAAGUGGUGUAAUCAAGGUUGAGGUGGGAUUGACUGGCGUACUAGAAGUCAAGGGGACCAAUUACACCUACAAAGAUCAAGUCCAUGAAGAAAUCUACGGUACAUUGUUGGCACCUAACACAAUUGGUACUUACCACGAUCAUUUCAUGACAUUCCAUCUUGACCUAGAUGUGGACGGUCAAGAUAAUUCCUUGGUCAAAUCCCAUCUUGACAUCAUGGCCGUUAAAAAACAUCAUUCACCUAGAAAGAGCUAUUGGACGGUCAAGAGUGAGACAGCACAACGAGAAUCCGAUGGGAGAAUUCAUCUUGGAUCAAAAUCGGCCGAGAUCUUAUUUGUUAACCCAAAUAAGCGUACAAAAUUAGGGAACACAAUAGGUUAUCGUUUGGUCCCUGGACCAGCAAUACACCCGUUGUUAUUGGAAGACGAUUAUCCUCAACUUCGAGCCGGGUUUACAAAGUACAGUGUGAUGGUUACACCAUAUAAUAAGUCUGAAAAGUGGGCUAGCGGUUUGUUUACUGAUCAAAGUCAUGGUGAUGAUACAUUGGAGACAUGGAGCCUCAGAGAUAGAGAAAUAGAAAACAAGGACAUUGUAUUAUGGUACACUAUGGGUAUCCAUCAUGUUACAAGUCAAGAAGAUUUCCCAAUUAUGCCAACAGUUAGCAUUGGAUUUGAGCUUCGUCCAGCCAAUUUUUUCGAGACUAAUCCUGUUCUUUCCAUCAAGUCACCUAAAGAUAUUAGGUGGAUUAAUUGUUCAAUGAAGACGGACAAAUCUAUUUAAUACCAAUUUUUUCAAUUUUCAGGCAAGCUAUUGCCAAUUGAAUUUGUAAGACAUUUAUUGGCCUGGUUAGCCCUUUAUUGAAUUUAUAAUCCCGAUCAAUAAAUUACUGCUUUUUUGAA